UAUUAGCAUGUUAAGUGGACCUAUUAAAGUGGACCCCGACAUGCCCCAAGCCACGGGUAGCUUGUUCAACCGGUUUCCUCGGUGCCACCACAGCAUGUGGAUCUAUUUUGGAUUACUCGGUGACCAGGCCUAGUACCUGCUACAGUGAUGUUGAUCUCUAGAAGGAGAAAACUGUUCCUCACACUCCAGGUGUUUGUCUUGGCCCUGUAUGUAGGAUACGUCUUCAACUCUGCAACAAACGACAGAACUAGCAUUGACUAUGAGACCGAAAGAAACCAGGAUAUAACAGAAAUAACACAAAAGGCAUACGACCAUCGUCCUCAAUUGCAAAUGAUCUUCAAGUUGGUUCGAAAAUACGUGGACCAACCAAAUCAGCUUCUCCGCAAACUAAUCAGGCUGGACGCCAAUCAGCUUCGAGAUGUCAUCGACGUAUGUCAGAGUCACAAGGGAGAGCCCGGACGAUUGGUCGAAUACUUUGCGUCGCGGUUUGAACUUCCUUUUAAGAUGCUGAAAGAGCCUAGAGUUGCGGUAUCGUUACACAAGAACGCUUGGCAGAGGUUGCCUCAUCCUCCGCUAUAUGGUAGAACAGCCAAAGAGGCGAUGGAACCUGAUUUCAGAGUGGGUCGUAUGAAACCGUGCACAACAGAGAGGAAAAGAGUUGCGUUUCCAAAACUUCACAAAGUUGCAGGAGACACAAUAAUGAGCAUCCUCCACCGCUUUGGUUACGACCGGAACCUGACUUUUCUGUUGCCUAAACCUUUUCUAUUGACUUGUACUUAUCCAUGGAACUUGUAUCCCCGUACGAACUACGCAUUUUCGCCAAGGGAAAACUUCGACAUCCUGACCUACCACACGGUAUAUGAUAGUCAGAAGUUUAGCCAGAUCAUGCCAAAGGACACAGUGUAUUUGGCGAUACUAAGAGAACCUUUAAGCCAUUUAAGAUCCGUUUGGGAUUUUUAUGAUUUGAAAAAACGUUUUGGUAUCGCAGCAAACGGUACAGACGCUAUUGUGACGUUUCUUCGAAGCCCUGAGCAAUAUGAUACACAUUUUUACGUCGAAAAUAAGAUUUGCAGAGGUAAGAUCCCACCAGUGUCUCUCACCCGAAGUCCGCUUUCGGUAGACCUGGGUCUUCCGCUGGAGCUAGCGACACAUUUCAGAGAAGAUGAUUCGUACAAGAAGACAGUGACGGACAUGUUCAUCGAGAAGAUUGAAUCGGAGUUUCCGAUCGUGAUGAUCAUGGAACGUUUCGACGAAUCUCUGGUCCUAUUUAAACGAAUGAUGUGUUGGAGUCAUAAGGAUAUUCUUUACAUAUCAAAAAACAUUGGGAAAAGUAAUGACAGCGAGAAUGACAUUCCAAAUGACCUAAAGCAAGUCCACAAACAAUGGAGCUAUGUAGAUUAUGCUCUAUAUGAACAUUUUUACGGCGUCCUGCAAAUAAAACUUGACGAAGGUGGUCAAGACUUAACAGACGAAGUUGAACACUUCAAAAAGAUCAAUCGAAACGUUGCAGAUUUCUGUGAAGCUUUGGACAGGUGGUCUUGCGAUGUGGGAGAAACACUAGAGAUCCCAAAGAACAGUUGGGAUGAGGGGUUCACUGUUGAUAGGGAUUUUUGCAUGGUGUUUCAGAGAGAGUUAAAAUGUGACUACGUCAUUGCAGCGGAGCGACGAGCAAGGGCUCACGAUUUGGCGAUCAAGAAACCCCUGACAGUCGUGUCCGACAAAGAACACAAAGCGACGAUACAGAGGCACUGUAUUUACUGUGAGAGAACGCAAAACGGCAUGUGUAAGUCGAUAGACUAUUUGAAUUAUCUGGCAACGGAUGGACUUAUUUCAAAGGACAUGUUGAAAGAACUGAGGACGCAAUAUUACCCGAAAUCGUACAAUCUUCACUGCAAAGGACACUAGCCUAGAUGCAUAACAAUCUAGUUAUCGUAAAGCUGUUAUGUAUAUGAUAGAAUCCUUAAUGUAUACUAACACAUUACUUCAGCUGUGCGAGAAGGAUACUAAAUGUGUACUCAAGUUUCUUAUCAAUUGCGGGCAGGCCCGCUCAUAGUAGAGAAAGCCAAUCAAUAAGAGCAGUUCAGCAGCGUCCUCCUACGAAUAUUGUAGGAACUGCACAACAUUGAUGAUGCGAAUUUCAAUCAGAAUUUUGUUCUGUUAAGAUUAUGAGCCAGGGCCUUUGUCUGCGCUACAUAAAGCAUGUAACACAUAACUCAAUGUUACAAUUUCUAUGAAAUGUUUGCCAGAUGGCACAAUGACAGACAUUAACGUUACAUCGUUGUCGAAUAACCUUUGGCCAUAAAUGCAAUUGACUAUUCAUAUCAUAUAAUCUUCAAGCAGAUCUUUACACCGGUUCAGAACAGUAUUCAUGGGACAAAAAAUAUCUAGCUGUAGUAUCCACUCGGAUGUUGCACUUCAUAGUAGACAUACUUC